AUGCCUGACACUGCCGUGGAGGAUGCCCCUUUACCUGAUUCUCUUACUGUCCAAGAAGAGGACCUUACUCAUACUUUUCCAGGUAAAUCGACUGAUCCAUCAAUACUGUGGAGUUUCAAUAGUCAUGUCGAUGUAGCUGUUUGGCAAGAGGAGUUAGCUCGUUGCACUUAUCGAUUCGUCAACAAGCUUCUAAUCUCCAGUUUUGUUGAGAGAUGGCAACCUGAGAUGAACACAUUUCAUAUGACAGUUGGUGAGAUGACCUUGACCUUGGAUAAUGUUGGCACUAUAUUUAGCCUUCCCAUUGUAAGCAGAUCAGUCAGCGUACCAGAUGUCACGAAUCUUCAUGGAGCUACACUACUAGUUUUUGGCUUGGGGAUUACUGAACGUGUAGCGCAUGACGAGCUUUCUACUGUUGGUGGAAAUUUAGUUAGGCUUGAGUGGUUGCGAAGUCAGUUUGCUAGUGUCACAGAUUCAGAUCCAGAGGAGGCUAUACAAUGCAUUGCUAGAGCUUAUUUGUUGUUUCUGGUGGGAUGUACGCUCUUCAGUGACAAGAGUGGCGGUAGGGUUCCUGUUGUUCACCUUGGCUUAUUGAUGGAUUUGGGAUCCGUUCAUAUUUACGCCUGGGGUACUGCUACAUUAGCAUUUUUAUACAAACAGUUAGGGUAUGCUAGCUGGUCUGGUGUUAAGCAGAUGGGUGGUUAUAUGACUUAUUUGGAGGCGUGGAUUUAUUAG